AUGGACAACCAUCAACUGGUUACGGUAUCGUCAAAUGAGAACAAAGAAACUGUGUCGAAAGGAAUCACAACAAACAAUACAGCGCUUGACUCUAGUCAACCCGACGAUGGCAGCUCUCUACCGACUGACCUGAUGAACUGUAACUAUCCAGAAGUUGCGUCCACCCCCAGGAGACCGCGGACCUUCGGAGAGAUCUCCUCCAUCCGUGGUGUACAAAACAUUUCGCGCGCCGAAACUCCAUUCAUCCGUUCUUUGUGGAUUCUUUUCGUAAUCACAAUGACCAGUCUUCUCACAAUUUUUUCCUCCUUUCUCAUCAGAGAUUAUUUACUAUACGAAACCAACUGGCAUACUCGUACGCUACGUGACGAUAAAACUGCAUUCCCCUCGAUCACCCUGUGUGCACAUAAUCCAUUCUCACUAGAGGCCAACCGCUUUUGGCGUGAAGGUUCCACUCUUAAUCCCAAACAAAUUAAUUCCCGCUUCACCGAAAUCGCCACUGAGGUUCUUAGGCAACACAAUGUAGCUUUCUCCAUCAACUUGCUACUUCUCGAUAGCAUCGAAACCUUCUACACGAAUCUGGACCCCAAAGUUCGCUACAACAUUGGACACAAAAUGGAAAUGUUCCCUCAUUGUAUGGUGACCAGCGAGAGUGCACAUAUUGUGGCGGAGAAGUGCAAACUGGAACUCGAUACUGAGUUGCAUCUUCACCGGAUCUCUCACCCAAAAUACUUCAACUGUUGGACCAUCGAAGGCAAAGCACUCGAGGCCACGAAAGAAAUCACCCGGCUGAUUAUGUUAGUACAACUGGUACCGUCUAAAAAGAUUAAUGAGGCCAAUCUGUCUUUCAUCAUGGAUACAUUCACUCGAGGAGAAGGUGUGAUAAGUGUGGUGCAUGAGCCCGGUACCUAUCCAGAGAUCGAAAAACACGGAAUCAAUAUACAACCGAACCGAAUGAAUCAGAUUAUAUAUAAACCGGUGUUAUGGAACCGACUAGCUACACCAAAGGCUCCGUGUAGUGAUCAACCCCCACCAAUUAGCGAUCUGGGUAUAAAUUACACAUAUACCCAAGGACAGUGUCUGAACACGGUUGUACAGGAACAGCUAUUAGCAAGAUGUGGUUGUUUGAAUACCGAAUAUCCUAGACCUGCAAGUACGGAUUUUCCUGUUAAUCCCACCCCCUACUGUACGUCGUUAAACGAAAGUUUGACGAAUCCUGAAAUGGCCUCAAGGCUGAUAGAACGAUUUCAAUGUAUCGGUGAGGUGAUGGAUCAACUUAAGAAGAUUAAAGAGGAGGCAACGCGGCAGGGUCGGUGUCCACCUCGAUGCAGUUACUUCACCUAUGAGAAUCGACUUAGCGUAACCUUGUGGGAUCCGAACGCGCACAACUUAGCUGCAUACACAGAACGCUACCGGAAGCUUGAUGGUCUGUUGAAAGCGCACAGUAGUAUGAACAUGACAAAUUCAUUCGUCAGUUACUGGAACGCUUCUAUGCAACAGUUUAGCUCGUUGGAUUUCGAAUCUCAUAACCGACCGGAACAAUUUGCCGAAUACAGCCAAUUUGUAGAUGGAUCCGUCACCUAUAUAAGUUUAACGAGACAAGAGUUUGAAACCACGGUGAUGGAUGAACACCUCGUCUUUGAUGUGUACAUUCUUAUAUCCAGAAUCGGUGGAUUGUGUUCACUAUGUAUCGGGCUGACCAUGGCAUUUUUUAUAGAGGUUGUGGAAUAUGCAUAUAUGCGACUGCUCUACAACAGAAUGAAUGAACAAUCACGAAAAUGGGGUUUCCGCAGACCAGCGCAUGUUACUCAGACAAACGUCCCUUCAACGGAAUUAAGCAACAUUGACGGUUCCAGGACAGUGUUAAGGAGAACACGCAGAAAACGUUACAGGAUGUGUUGUUGCCAUCGGCCAUGGCCCAAGUCAUCGUCAGUGUGA